AUGCAGGGCGAGCGCGGGUGGUUCGACCGCCCUUUCUCUCCCGCCGAUUCCCUCCUCUCGGUCGUGCCAGAUUCACAGUCUCCAGAACCGGUCGAACGACCCGCCAAGCGUCGCAAAGACUUCGAUGAGGGCUUUCGCGUCCCCCUCGUUCCCCAAUCGCGGUCAUACCCUUACCGCCCGACCGCACCUUCGCCGCUCGCCUCGUCCGCCUCGUCAACUACUCUCGAGCAGUUGAGCAUCCGCUCUGUCCCGAAGAGCGAGGCCAAGGACGAAGACGACUGGAGCGGAGGGAGCACCUCGUAUGACGAGGCUACGACAUCGUCGCGUGCAAGAGCUCCUUCGCCGGACGACAAGGAGCGCAUUAAACGCGAGAUCAAGGCCGAGCUCGCCGAGGAGGAAGAGCGCGCCCUGCUGUACCGCUCACGGGUUAAUGCGGCGCGGGUCAAGCCGGACAGGCGAAAGGAGCGGGCGCCGUCGCUUGAGAAUCGGCUGAAGAAGGAGGAACCGGCCGACGACGACGACAGCCUGUCGUUCCUGAGCACCAGCGACGGCGACUCGAGGGCUUCUCCUGCUGCGCCUUACUUUUUCGACGACGACCGCGCCGCAUCGGCGACGCCCUCCGUCGCGGGAACGAGCCGCAGCACGCUCUUCCUCGAGGACGAACAGCCUUCUCGCGAGUACGGCAUUGAGGGUGCCGAGACUGCUCCUCGCAAGUACGUUGAGCGUGACUACUCGACCUCGGAGGAGGAGGAGGAGGCGACGCAAGGACAGCUGUCGAGCGACUCGGACGAAUACGAGCCGUCCGAGUUGACGGAGGGAACGCCCAUGCCGAUGGACGACGACGACGCUUCUACGAUCGGGACGGAUGAGGGAGCGGCUGGGAGGAGGAGGAACGGCUUGAUCAAGAGGCAGCCGAAGAAGCGCAAGAAGGUGCGGCAAAAAGCGAAGACGAAGAAGCAGGUCGAGGCCGACGCCCUCAACUUCCUCGAAGGCAUGGACUUGCCCGCCCCCAGCUACCGCCCACUCGACGUCAAGGCCCGUCUCGCAAACGAGCUCGCGAAGGCGACGGCCGAGUUCCCUCGGCAAGGUCGAGUUGAUUCUGUCGAACUCCCGCCGCGCCGGCCGCCGUCGGAGUCAGAGGACGACGCCGUCAAGGACAGCCAGGACGCGAUUUCCCGCUCCGCAAGUCGCGCUUCGAACGGUACAGACGCUCUCGCUCGCAACGGGCAGUCGUUGUCUGGUGGCGUCAACGGAGGAGUGGGACGUCAAACUUCACCCGCUGACUCGCUCGAGGAAUACGUCGAUGAGCAGGAGGACCCCGAGACGGUCUUCCAGCCCAAGUUCGAGGACAUCGACUUGCUGCAGAACCAGGCGUACUUCGAGCAUCCGACGCGGCAAGGAGCGGUGGGCAGGUGGAUCACGCUGCUCGAAAAGGACUCCGAGCCGCUUCCUCCUGCUUUCUCGUACCCACUCGUCACCGCCGACUGCGCCACCCUCGAAGCACUCGGCAUAGUCGUCGCGCAAGACCUCGUCCUCUCGCGCGACUUUCAGGACGAUUCUGCCGAAGUUCUCAUCUCCCAUGGCCCAUCGGCAGGCGUUUGUGCGCUGCUGUGGCGCGACCUGACCGACUCGACUCACGCCGAGCGUCAUCAGGCUGCGGCGGGAGAAGGCAGGCGGUGUUGCUGUCCUCUCUGGGUUCCGCCGAACAGAAGGGAGUGGGAUGAGGAGUCAGCAGUGUUGGAGAGGAAGUAUGAGAUCAGCGCGGGCGAGCUUGGCGAAGUGUUGAAUGUGGCGUUCCGGCGAAGGGAGAAUACAGUCGCGCUCGAGGACGAUGACUUGCUCAAGCUCAUCUAUCAGAACAACUGGGUCUGGUACAGCCAAAUCGUCCAGCUCGGCCUGACCCGCCGCGCCUACUCGUCCGUCACCUCGCGCUCGAUCUCGGACGCCCUCCUCGACUACCAGUCGCAGAUGAGCGAGGUCUUCCAGCAAGAGAGGCGUCGGCUGCAGAGGCGUCGCGACCAAGAAGCGCAUGCGGCGAGGGAGAGGGGAGGGCUGCCCAACAUCGAAUUUCACCAGGACUUGCUCGCCGUGUACGGGUUGGAGAACCUCGAAGCACUGCGCAAGCGGCUCGACUCGGCGCGCGAAGCGGAUCGAGCGGCAGGCGACGAGGUUGACGACGACGACGCGGCUUCCGUGGCUACCUUUGCGACGGACGGACCAGCUCGCGCUGCCCAAGCCUUUGGCAACGUAGACGACUGGCGGGAGAAGCGCUUCGACCCGGUGCGGCUCAACACGCCGCAAGGAUGGAAUCUCGUUGAGGCAUAUCGAGCGAGGGACAGGGCUGCUGGAAAGGCUUAG